CAAGCCUCCACUGUCCACAUGAAGCGUCCCGAACACUCUGUGUGAAAGAGAGUUGUUGUUGUUGUUGUUGUUGUUGUUGUUUGUCAACACAUAUUUGACAACACUGCGGUGGGUGCACGUCUUCUUUUCCGGGCACAGCCGCAGUGGGUGAACGCGCAGCACGCAGCUCCAUAAACGACCUGUGCGCUGGGCGAUAACAGAAGUUGGACACAUUCAAAAAGAGCACCGUGGUCGAGGAGAUCCGUCGGCCCCUCAGUUCUGUUGAUGAGCACUGUUUGGUACACAGGUGCCACCGAUCUGCCUACAGCCUAUAGGAUCCAAACAUUGUUGCACUUUAAAGCCGUUUCAGGCGUCUACAAAUAUGAGAUGCUCCAAGGCAAAACGCAAAUUUUUUCCUCCAAAAAUGACAACAAUGCAAAGACAAGUCGGGGUCCGGAGCUCCCUCCUCUCUGACGGGGACUGCUUCGACAUGUGGCACGACUACAUGAACCUGGGUAGACUCCUGGAGAGGCUGUGCGACAGGCGAGAGAGGGACCACGGAGACACCGAGGGGGCCAAGAAAGAUGCACCAGCGGCUCCGUGGAGCAACAUCCAAACCUCUCCGAGAGAGGACUUAAAGAACUCCCCAGGGACCAGUUCCGUCAGCAGCCUGUCGGACACCAGCUGCAGCGGGACCUCUUCAUACUUCUGCCGCUUCUGUAAGCAGAACGGGGAGUCUGCGAGGGUGUACCGGUCACACAGGCUGAAAUCAGACGACGGGAAAGUCAUCUGCCCCAUCCUCUGGAACUACACCUGCCCCAUCUGUGCAGCCACCGGGGACCACGCUCACACACGCCGGUACUGCCCGCAGGCGCAGCGGCAGGACGCUGCGAGGAAGCUUCCAGGGUCCAGGUUCUGGUAGCUGCUAAGACACUGAGAGACUGAGCACGCUGAAAAGACUGUACAUAAUUACCAAGAACUGUUUUGGUCAUGUGUUCAUGUUUACACAAACUGUUGUAGGUUCCCAAAGUGUUUGAAAUGUUUCAUGUUUGACAUGUUUGCAUUGCAUUCUGUCAUUCUGCUGCAGGCAGUCGGCUGUUCAGAGGGUACAUAGUUUCAUCAUCAACCUGUCCAGCGUUAAAAAAAAAAGUUUUAAAACAUGUUAUCAAACCUUUGAAAACUUAAGUGUCAAAAACUGACAUUUUGGAAACUGCAAAACUAAAACUGGCUUCUUGUACAUCAAAAAUAAAUAUGGUA